AUGGACCGAGGAGAGGGCAGGCCACGUGUAUGGGUCAACAUAAGUCACCCUAGUCAGGCAUCAUCAGGCGACGCCUUGUCAAUCGUCCGCUCACACAUAGGCAAAUACUACCGCAACCGAGCGACGUCGGAGCAAAGAGCGCAAUUGUUCAAAACUUCAAAAAGCUCCUCACAUAAAAAGGAGCCCUGGGAUGUAGGGCCUUUGUUGAGAGUUGGCAAAGCUCCUCGCACAAUCGGGCCCGAGCCUCCGCCUGAGGAGCAACACCGCACAACCAUCGAGCAGCAAAAACAGGGUCAGGUUGUACUCUCCGCCGCAAGGAACAAACAUCCCAAAGGCGAGGCGCAGCAGCAGGGUACUGAACACUUUAUAAAGCCUUGUUCAGAAGAUGGAGACGAAAACAAGACAACCCUUCAUGAUGAGGUAUCGGGGCGUAAUGACUGGUCUACGGUGGCUUUUGAAAUGGCAUCAGACUAUUUUCAAGCACUGUACAAUGACCACGAGCCGCUUAAGCCGUUUCCUCUGCGAGGCGCCGACGUCAUUGACCCUUUCCGCACAUCUACACUGUCAAGACACCCGAACUCCUUCACACUUCUACGUUUUUAUCAGGACUGGACACCAGUGCGUCGAAUGGACCUAGAUCUGCACGACGAACUUGUCCUUCUGCCUCUACUCGCGUACAAUGCAACCCUAAUGACGAAUCUGAACCUGACGUCGAAGAAAGACCCCGCAGUGCACAAUCUCAUAGGCCGUGCGCUACACAUUGUCCGCGAAUCACUCCAAACUCCUUCCAGAACACGGUUCUCUCCCAUGUCGAGUGCUUUAUCAUUCCUGAUGAUGUGUUCACUGUUCCAAUCCGAUCAUGAGGCCGCACAAGCUCACCUUCAAGGCAUCAAAUCAUUACUUUUCUACUUUGGCUAUUCUUUUCAUGAUCUACCGCUAUCCAUCCAGCAAAUGAUUAUAUACUGCGACCUCGCGUCUCGUGUGCCGUCGUUAGGUCGUCCUAUCUUCGACGUCAUGGCACAGGAGAAUCAGUCCAAGGGAACAAGCAUCCUUCCCAGUAGCCCAUUCCGCUUGGCACGUGGGAAGUUGAAAGAGCUGUCACUGGUGUACAAAGAUGACCAUAGCCGGCACAUUCUACAACUUGUCACGAUUGUCCUGGACAGUUUUGAUGAUGCGAUGUCUCGAGAUCCUCGAGAAGAGAAUCUCGUGGUACAGAUCAUGUACUACCGAGUGUACGUCUCGUUGGUGGACCUGGAUGAGAUUCCCCUCGUCCACUAUAAUGUUAUUCAGUGGCGCAAGAAGCAACUCCUUCAACUCCUAUGGAGGCUAGCUCUCGUUGUCCCUAUCCGACAUGAAUAUGCAGGUCUUUUCAACCACUCUGUCGAUGCACUCGAGUCGGUCCUUGAGUCGGAGCAAAACACACAACACCCCCUCAGUGGCAGCAACGACGUCGGCGAUUCGGCCGAUUCGGACGCUUCACAUUCCCGCCAGAAUAUUUCGAGCCGCUACGCGCACUUUCUCGGUCGAGAUGAGCCUUCAAACAUGAACGACUUGGUGCUUGGCUAUGCGGAUGUUCAUGCAGAAAUGACAGCACUGGAGCAUGUUCCUAGGGAUAAUGUGAGCUUAUUGCUGCGCAGGCAAAUAUAUGGGCCCAUCUUCUUGCACCAUCCUGUGACGCCUCAGUCAUGA